AUGGCAGACGAGUUGGAAAUCUUAUACAAUUAUCAAAACAUUGUAAACUAUUUAGAUAUAAAUAUAUUUAACGAAGAUAGGCGGCUCAUGGCGCAGGAAGAUCCGUUUACUAUUCUCUCGGACAGAAAGUUCUUAGGAACUUACCGGCUAUCUAAAUCAUUGGUAAAAGAAUUAUGUCAAAGUCUGAGUCCACAUAUGAUGGCACCUAAAACAAAUGCUGGUCUUAGUAUUGAUAGAAAGUUAAGUAUUGCACUUCGCUUUUUUGCUAGUGGUAGCUAUCAACAGGACAUAGGUGAACACAGAGGAUCUGCACUCAGUCAGGCCUCAGUUAGCAGAUGUAUCACUGAAGUUGCAAACGCUUUAAACCUACCACAAAUAAUGAAUCAGUACAUUAGAUUUCCAUCAACCAUUAAUGAACUUAAUUCUAUUCGUUUAGGGUUCUAUGAAAAAUACGGAGUACCUGGAGUAGUUGGGGUACUUGAUUGUACCCACAUCGCUAUUGUACCACCAAAACAACAUGAUAUCAUUUAUCCUGAACACAUCUAUGUAAAUAGAAAAGGAUAUCAUAGUAUUAAUACACAACUGAUUUGUGAUUGUGACUUAAAGAUCCUUAAUGUCUGUGCUAAGUUUCCCGGGAGUGCCCACGACAGUCAUAUAUGGCGUGUAAGCCCAGUGCUUGAUGUAUUAAAAUAUAUCCAUUCUAUCAGACAAACUUCUAAUUUUUUGUUGGCCGAUUCAGGGUAUGGCCUUAGACCUUGGUUAUUGACACCCAUACAUGAACCUGAAGUAGGGGGACCCGAGUCAAAUUAUAAUAAAUGGUUAUGCAGAACUCGGUCAACAAUAGAAAGGUGUAAUGGAGUGCUUAAAAUGCGUUUUAGAUGUCUUCUGAAAGAUAGAACACUACACUACCAUCCAGAAAAAGCGGCCAAAAUUAUAAAUGCAUGUGUAAUACUACACAACAUUUGCAUAACAAACCGUCUUCCAAUUAUAAAUAAUGAUGAGAUAAAUUUAGAACAUAUAGACUUUGGUAUGAUACCCAAUCAAGGAUUACCGGACAAUGAGUUAGCGAAUCGGAUAGAUCCAGAACUAACAGCAGGGAGGCGUUUUCAAACAGCAAUUAUUCAAAAUUAUUUUACUUAA